GACGCAUUGAGCCGUCAAGGUUUCCUGCUCAAUCGGACACUGGCGUGCCUCGACAUCCAUGCUUUCUCUCCAUCCUACCAUCUAUUUUCAACCUUUCCCCUUGUUUCUGUACGCGAUACGACGGGGGCUAAGUACGAACGGGGCAACUUCUCCCAGACGAGUCUAAAACCACGUUUGCGACUACUGCGGAUCCAUCGACGUCCAUUCGACGAGCACACUACCUUAGCUUUGAGACAACAUCCACACACACGCCAUUCUUGCCACACAAGAUUCCCACACACGGCACUAGACCACCUUCCUUUUCGAAACUCGCCAUCAAACCGGCUGCUGUAUACAUAUCUGGCACCUUCGUCCAGGUCAUUAAGCUCCCUUCCGAUCUCGUCUGCUUUGCUCGUUUGUUCUCAAUUAUCCAUCUCUCGACCUUCACUCUUUGGGAGUUUGUCAUUCGUUACGAGCUACGGCCGCCAUUGUCUGCUCUUACUGCCAGACUGUCCCUGGCACUAACAGAACGUGCAUAACUGCAAUCUCACAGAAGCCGACGAACUCCACGACAUUCUUGUUAGGAAUAGUCCAUUGACUUAACCCAACGCUUCACUUGCACCUGUCGACCACACAAACAAUAUGAAUAUCACCAAAAAGUUCGACCGCGCCUUUCAAUGGGCCGGCGAAAAGAUGGGUGCCGAGCAAAAGACGACUAUGUCUGAGGACUUCAAGCAGCUGGAGAUGGAGAUGGCACUUCGCUUUGAAGGCAUGGACCGACUGCAAAAGUCUAUGAACCUCUAUGUCAAGUGGCUUGGCCGUCGCUGCGACUCGUACGAAGACAAGGACAAGUCCAUUCCCACCACUUAUCUCGGAAAGACUAUGAUCGGACAUGGCGAAGACUUUGCAUCCGACUCUGAAUUCGGAAGCUGCCUUAUCUCAAUGGGCCGUGCCAAUGAGAGGAUUGGGCAGUUCCAGGAGACCUUCGUCGGUGAGGCGACAACUACGUGGCUUGAGUCUCUCGAGAGGUCUCUAGCCAUGAUGAAGGAGUACCAGGCUGCUCGUAAGAAGCUCGAGAGCCGGCGUCUGGCCUACGAUGCAACGGCGACCAAGAUCCAAAAAGCACGUCGUGAUGACUUCCGUAUCGAGGAAGAGCUUCGGGGCGCCAAGGCCAAGUACGAAGAAGCCUCCGAAGAUGUCGGCCGCAGAAUGCAGGAUAUCCGCGACAGCGAGGUCGAUAGCGUCCGCGAUUUGACCCAAUUCCUUGACGCCGAGCUCGAAUAUCACGAAAGAUGCGCCGAUGAGUUGCGUAGGGUGCGCCAAAGCUGGGCCGGUGGUGCUAUCUCCUCCUCUAACGGUAUGAGCGGCUAUGGUGCUGGCCUCCAACGGCGACCAACUGCUUCCAGCGGUGACGGUAGAAGCAGGCCAAGCACCGCACAAAGCUUUACCGAUCGCUUGUCCCGUACCAACAGCCGCAACGUUUACGACGAGCAAGAGGUUGAGACCGAGGCACCGCCCGUGCGUAUGCCUAUCCGCAGCGCCGUUUCUCGGGCUCCUCUGUCUGUGCAGUCGCAGAACCAGCAAGUCGAUGCCGGACCGCGUCCCGUCAUUGGCAGGUCCAAUACUGUUGCCUCCUUCCUGGGCGGGACGAACUUGGAGCGCGAGCGCAUCGGAGGUCGUAUCUCUGGUACUGGAUCCGGGACCACCCCGCCCGGUUCAACCUAUGGAGUUAACCAAAACGUGCCUAACGUGAGCAGCCUACGUGGCCAGCUGCGCCCCGUCAGCCGGAUUGCAACGAAUGACAAUGUAUUUGCAGACCGGGACGAUGACAACACCAGCGACACGGGAAGUCCAGACAACUGGUGUACCCGCAGCGCGAGCCCGGCUACAAGUAUUGGGAGCUUGACAAGGACAACCAGCAAUACGGUGGUCAACAACGGCUUGGGAGUUCGUAAGGCUCCUCCUCCACCGCCUCCUUGCCGUUCCAAGAAGCCUCCUCCGCCGGUGCCUGCUAGGCGGGAUCUCGGAUCCACAUACUAGAUGUACCAGGACCGGGCAUGAAUGGCAUCGCUCUUAAGAUUGAGUUGAGACGUUAGGCAGGGUCAAUCAUCAGUCCGGGUGUAUAGGCAGGCAUAAAUAUUGACAUUGCAACUGGCAGGCGUUUGGGCGUAAAGUAUACAAUAGGGUUGGGCUGUAAUGCCAUGAAUGGUUAGCAUUUUCAUUUUUGUGGACAGGAGCCACGAUUUCGUGCAGCGGUCAUCGAACGAGUAAACGUGGGGGUUUGAACCUAGUAUUUCCUUUGGGAUGCAAAAACAGUAGAAAUUAAAAAGUCGAGGUAUCUGAUAUCAAAAACAAUGAUGAUUUGUUUGACGAUGGUGAGGAGAAAACGAAGAGGAUGUGGCACAUAUGAUGAACAAACACGUCGUAAC